AUGAAUAGCUUUUUUAAAAGGAAUAAAGACAAAAAUAAAAGUUUUUAUUAUUGUACAGUCAAGUCAUUUGUUAUCCUAAUUCAAAGUCAUGAUUGUUUACCGAUUGAAUUGAUUUAUGCUAAAUAUCCAUUGGAUUCAGUGAGAAUUAUUCCUCAAUUAAGAAUACAGUAUAUUAAUUGGAUUCACACUAACCAUCGUCGAUCUUCACUUCAUUCUUAA